AUGGGUCUUCAUCUUCUCUGGUAUGGUGGCACUCCGAUCGAAUGCUGGGUGAAUCCACACUCGAGGGAAAGUAUGGAAGAGUACAUCGAGAGCUAUUGCUGGAUACAGAACACCUAUUGGGUUCCGAUGUACGAGAAUAUCCCAGACGACCACACAGCUCGAGAAGAGAAACAGAUCGGUUACUACCAAUGGGUGCCGUUCAUACUGAUUGCCGAGGCUCUUAUGUUCUCGCUGCCGUGCAUAUUCUGGCGACUUCUUUCCUGGCAAUCCGGUACGUUCACGUAA